ACUCACAGGAGAAAACUGCAAUCUGACUCAGGUUCAAGGUUCAGCUUCAGUCUGUCCCGCGCGCUCAGGCUGAAGCCGCUUCAGUUCUGCUGCCGAUCACAAACAUCAUCAGUUACUGAAGAUCCGUGACGUGACGACACGAAACAACAGCACCGAGUCUGAGGCUGCAGCCGGAAGUCAGGUCACUACAGUUACCGCGAGCCGAGGAGGAUGGGGAACCUGAUCAAAGUGUUAACCAGAGACAUCGACAACAAUGGUGGAAACUUCUUCUUGGAUUUUGAGAACGCUCAGCCCUCACAGUCAGAGACGGGGGUGUGGGAGAAGGUGAACCAGGUGCUGACGGAGGCCCAGAUCAUCCUGGAUGACCUGCAGGCGUACAGAGGAGCAGGAGAGGAGAUACGACAGGCCAUCCAGAGUCCUGGUGUGGAGGGCGUUCAGGAGAAGGCCUGGUCAGCUGUGGUCCCUCUGGUCACUAAACUCAAAACCUUCUACGAGUUUUCCCAGAAGCUCGAGUCCAGUCUGCAGUGUCUCCUGGACGUCCUCACCAGCUCCGGUUCCACUCCCACUCAACAUCUGGAGCAGAAACAGGCUCUGGCUCGUCAGUUCGCCCACAUCCUGCACUUCACGCUGCGUUUCGACGAGCUCAAGAUGACCAACCCCGCCAUCCAGAACGACUUCAGCUACUACCGCCGCACCAUCAGCCGCAUGCGAAUCAACAACCUGUCUGCCGACGCAGGAAAUGAGGUCAACAACGAGCUGGCCAAUCGGAUGUCUCUGUUUUACGCGAGCGCCACGCCGAUGCUGAAGACGUUAAGUGACGCCACGUCGAAGUUCGUCUCAGAUAAUCCAGACGUCCCCAUCGAAAACACCACAGACUGUCUGAGCACGAUGGCCAGUGUGUGUAAAGUGAUGCUGGAAACACCGGAGUAUCGCAGUCGUUUCACCAGUGAGGAGACGGUGUUGUUCUGCCUCCGUGUGAUGGUCGGCGUCAUCAUCCUGUACGACCACGUUCACCCGGCCGGAGCCUUCGUUAAGACCUCCAAUAUUGACAUGAAAGGCUGCAUCAGGGUGCUGAAGGAGCAGCCGCCCAGCAGUGUGGAGGGAUUACUCAACGCUCUCAGGUACACGACCAAACAUCUGAACGAUGAGACUACCUCCAAGCAAAUCAAAAACAUGCUGCAGCCAAAUUAACUCGACGCUCGUUUUGUUGUGUCUCGGUCCAGAUUUCAAAAGAACUACUGAACAAACCUUUAGCUAAUGUUUCUUUGUUUAACCUCAUUUGUUGUUUUUUUGUUUUUUUAUUCUCAUUUGAAAAAAAAUGUUUUUGUUGUUGUAAAAAAAAAAAAAAAAAAAAAAAGCUGGUUGAUCCAAGAGAAGACGGUGUAAAAAUCAGGUUUCAUGUUCGAGCUCCAUUCACAUCAAGUCAGAUUUACAACAACUACGAUCUUCAGAGGGAAAUCAUGUUUAUUACCAGGAGAACAGCUGACUUCCUUUUUUCUUCUGCUUCCUGAAACAGCUGUUUAACCCUUUAACCCCCGAGUUUCCCUCUGAAACCUCCACCUCCAAAACCCUGAGGGUUUUCUGAAGAACGUGACGUUAAGAUAACGAGACCUUAAACCUCUGGCUUUUAUUGUAAAUCAUUGGCUUUGCCUUGGAAAGUGAAUAUGGCUGAAAAAACAUUUGUCAACAUUCUCAGAUCAGUUUUAUUGACUUUUUUUGACCAUUAGGGUGAAGACAGUGACUUACAAUAAAAGACAGAAGUUUAAGGUCUCAGGUGGUUUUUAUUUCAGGUCUCUUUCUGCUUCAGAGGCUGAGAAAUGAAAGUUUUAGUGACAGCGUUGUAUCAGGUGAAUCUUUACCUCUAGCUAGCGAUGAUACUGGCUCCUCCCCCUCCUCCUCCUCUGACAUGCUAGCUGGUUAGCAGCUUAGCAGGUUGAAAUCUGGUGACUGAAUCUUAUAAAUCGUUGUUGUUGUUGUGAUGGAGCUAACAGCUGUAUUCUGCUUUUUUGUGGCUAAAACACAAACGAAAUACAUUUCCCAUAAUGCAUUUCACCGUCCUGACACGGAUUUUAGCAAUUCACAACGCAUUUCAUCAUUGACGUCUCAAAAUUGACGUAAUCAGAUACCACACAUGUUCGUCUCAUCUGGUCUUAAGAGGUUAACCUGUCUGUAACCAUGAAUCUGGCUGAUAUCUCUGGAUAAUAAUAAUGAUAAUAAUAAUAAUAAUAAUAAUAAUGACGUUAUUUAUAUAGCACCUUUAAAAACAGAGUUUACAAAGUGCUUUGACAAUCGAAGCUAAAGCAAUAACAGGCAAGAGGCUCAGGAGGCAAAAUAACAUCCAAAAGUUCAAACUAAAGCAGUUAAAGAUGGAAGACAAACAAUAUACCUCAGUAUAAAUGAGGACAAUUAGAGAGAGGAGAUACAGUAUAUAAGCAAUAAAAGGACGAUAAAAAGACAAUAUCACAUACAAGUCUAUAAAAAUGGUUUUUAAGAAGUGACUGACUCUGCCUUAUCUCGGGCAAAAAAGCAUUUUCUCCUGAUAAUAUCUCGUUAUCUCUGGAUAACGAGGUUUGUUAUAUUGAGAUAACAUGUUAAAGAAAUUAUGGCCUUUCUCAGCUUCCAUAGUUGAACUCCCAAUAAAUGAUUUUAUUCUCUUACUAGGCAUAAGACUUAAUAAGAGAAUAAAAUGUGUGUGGUUUAGUGUACUGUAGUGAAUGAUUUGUGUCUCUCUUCUGAACGAACUGAAAUGUGGUCAGCAGGAUAGUUUUAGGGCUCGAACAUGUAAAAGCAGUGAUAGCACUGUAGGAGGAGUUGGGGAUUAGCUAACAGAAGGAGAAGCACUGUGACGGUACUGAAACGAGGGAAACCUCAGACUGAUGUGGAUUUCAGUUUUCUCUAUGUCUGAACUGAUGUGAUCAGUGGGACCGCUGACUGGAAACUUCUACAAGCUUUUUGUUUUGCCUCGUGUGUUGAUGCUGCAGUGCCAGGGAUUCUGAUGCUGCAGUGCUAGGGAUUCUGAUGCUGCAGUGCCAGGGAUUCUGAUGCUGUAGUGCCAGGGAUUGUGUGGCAUUAAGUGUUUUUAAUGAUGUUUGUGUUGGCCAAAUAAAGUUUUUACAUUUUUAAGAAAA